AUGGCCGGCUGCUCGCUGAUCACAUCGGCGACCGUGUGCUCUGCCGGCCUCAUCUUCUUCUCCGUCUGCUACCUGGCUCCGGCUCCCGUCGCCGCCUUGUCCUUCAACUACACCAACUUCACCCGGGGCGACGAGAACGCCAUCAAGCGCGAAGGCCAGGCCUCCAUCGACGCCAGUGCCGGGCUGAUCGACGUCACCGCGAACAGGAUCACGGGCAUAGGCGGCAGCGUAGGGCGCGCGUACAACGCCCAGCCGAUGCUCCUCUGGGACAAGGACUCCGGCGAGGUGGCCAGCUUCACCACGCGCUUCUCCUUCGUCAUCCAACCCGUGCAACAGGAAGGCGGCAUCAACAACAAGGGCGCCGGCAUGGCCUUCUUCCUCGCCGCCUACCCUUUCCCAGAUGCCGCCAGGUCCGGUAGUUACAACCUCGGCCUAACCGACCAAAGCGUGGACACCAUUGCGGCCGGCGACGGCCGGUUCGUGGCGGUGGAGUUCGACACCUUCAACAACACCGAAGUGAAAGACCCCGACGACACCUAUGACCACCUAGGCAUCGACAUCAACUCCGUCAUAUCCAGCACCAACGUGAGCUUGCCGAACUUCAGCCUCACCGGGAACAUGACCGCCGUGAUCAAGUACGACAACGUCACGAGCAUCCUGGCUAUGGCGCUACAGCUCGAUGAUAGCCGAAACAUGAACUACAGUCUUAGCUAUAAGGUCGACCUCAAGAGCGUGUUGCCGGAGAAGGUCUGCGUUGGAUUCUCCGCCUCCACGACCACAUCCGUCGAGCUGCAUCAGGUGCGUUCUUGGUAUUUCAGCUCGUCAAUGGAACCAAAGACGGCGCCAUCACCACCACCAGUAGUGCCACCACCUUCGAUGCCAGUCACGGCACCAACCACCUCAGGUUCCGUACGCGGCGGAGUCGUAGCGGGCGCCACCGUCGGUGCAGCACUGUUCGCCGUGCUCCUCUUCGCUACGGCAGCGGUCUUUGUCCGGCGACGUCUGAGCAAGAGAAGGAGGGAAGAAGCAGAGGAGGCAGAGAACAGAGGCUCCGACGACGACGACGAGCCUAUCGUGGAGAUCGAAAUGGGGACAGGGCCAAGGCGGUUCCCAUACCACGACGUCGUCGAGGCGACGAAGAGCUUCGCCGCCGAGGAGAAGCUCGGGCAGGGCGGCUUCGGUUCGGUGUACCGGGGCUACCUGAGAGAGCAGGGCCUCGCCGUCGCCAUUAAGCGCUUCGCUAAAGACUCCUCCAAGCAAGGGAGGAAGGAGUACAAGUCUGAGAUCAAAGUGAUAAGCCAGCUGCGCCACCGCAACCUGGUGCAGCUCAUUGGCUGGUGCCAUGGCCAUGGCGAGCUCCUCCUCAUCUACGAGCUCUUCCCCAACCGCAGCCUCGACAUCCAUCUCCACGGCAAUGGCACCUUCCUCACAUGGCCAAUGAGGGUCAAAAUUGUUCUUGGAAUCGGAUCAGCCCUCGUCUACCUCCAUGAGGAGGGGGAGAAAUGCGUCGUGCACCGAGACAUCAAGCCGAGCAAUGUCAUGCUGGAUGAGUCCUUCGGCGCCAAGCUGGGCGACUUCGGGCUCGCGAGGUUCAUCGACCACGCCGCCGGGAUGCAAACCAUGACCGCCGUGUCGGGGACGCCGGGCUACGUCGAUCCCCAGUGCAUCAUCACCGGCAGAGCAAGCGCCGAGUCGGACGUCUACAGCUUCGGCAUCGUCGUGCUCGAGGUGGCGUGCGGGAAGAGACCGAUGAGCCUCAUUGACAGCGACAACCUCCGGCUGGUCGAGUGGGCAUGGGACAUGUACGGCAAGGGGGAGGUUCUCGCCGUCGCCGACGAGCGGCUUGACGGCAUGUACGACGCGGCGGAGCUGGAGCGUGUCGUCGCCGUCGGGCUCUGGUGCGCGCACCCUGACCCGGCCAUGCGGCCGCCUAUCAAAGACGCCAUGGCUAUGCUCCAGUCCGGUGGGCAGCUGCCGGCGCUGCCGGCCAAGAUGCCCGUGCCGAUGUACACUUCGCCGGCGAUCUCGGUGGAAGGGCUCUUCGCGUCAUCUGUAGGGUUGUCUUCCUCAAGUGCGACGCAGUCGUCGUCGACGGCGAGUGGCUAUGGCACUCACACCUCCGCUUCCUCCGACACGUCCUCCUCAGCUGGUCUGAAGGACUCAUCUUCGUUGCUCAGACAUCAAUACUAAUAAUGUUCAGAUCAUUUAUUUGUUCUUGAUUUAGAUUUUCUCUUUGGAGUCGCCUAGAAAGUUUUUUUAUGCCAUUUUCUCUUCAAUCGAACUCCCCAUAUGUCUACGAACAUGAAAAACUUUUCAUGGUUGCCGUGAAUGCCAUAGUGCUUUUAGACCUUGUUCGGUUAGAGGGGAAUUGGACGGAAUUAGACCACAACCCCGUGGAUUUCUCCCCCGUGGAAUAAAUC